AUGGAAAGCUGGACAGAUUAUUUUACGUCGCAUUUUUACGCCAUGAAAGCACGACCCGUUUCAGCUUUUGAUCCAUCGGGUUUUAUUAUCGUGAUUUCCUUCCUUCUACUACUUGUAGGCGUCAUUGCAGCAACAGCACGUGCACUUGUAUCUCAUCAUGGCCUCGUGCUCCGCUCCCGUGUUGAAAAAAAUCUGCAAGACAUGUCGGAUUAUGUCUCAGAUCAACGUAAUCGUGUGGGUGAAAAUCUACAAUACUUUAAAGGUCGAGCUAUUGAUCAUUCAGGGCGUCAGGGAUUUAUAACUGAAAUGCUGAGCUAUGCUUAUCUCUCACGACUCGCCUUUUCACUUUCAAUCUUUGCCAUUGCGUCAUAUCUUAAUACAUUGGCAGCUGUCAUUGCAGGCUGGCGCACACCAAACGUCGUGAUUUUGGACCUUGCAAAGCAAAACACUAAUGUGAAGACCCUUCCAGACUUGGGACACGACCUCUUUAAGUUUGUUAUGACCAAGAUCUACGGUCACACGACGUACAUUGAGUGGUUUGACCUUCCUGAUGAAUUUCUCGCUGCAGUCGGCACGCUUACGUCGUUUAUUCUUAUUCUGCACCCAAGACGUCUGCUCAUUAUUCGUCGUUUCUGCUUCAUCUUUGCUAUCAUUAAUCUCAUGCGAGCUUGCUGUGUGGCGGUCACGUCGCUUCCUGACGCUAGCCCCAUGUGCAUAUCCCAGUUUGACACGGACCGUGGGAACUACAAGCCUCUUCCCAUUUUCCCAAAGGCAUUCUUCCGCGCUUGGAAAGUAUUGAUCCGCCCAUCGCAGCACAUCACAUGCGGCGACAUGAUAUUCAGUGGCCAUGCCGUUUUCUUGAUUCUCUGCUGCAUGUUUGCAAGAACGUACUGUGUGCGCUCAGAGUUUAGCACGCCUUUCACCAGACGCUUUCCGUGUGUGCUGUGGAUGAUCCGCUACUACAACUACAUCCUGUCGGCUUUUGGCAUUUUUGCCAUUGUGGGUACGCGGUUGCACUACACUCUAGACGUCCUCAUUGCCAUAUACAUCACUAUCCAAGUCUGGCUUACGUACCACUGGCUCAUGAACCAUCCCGAAGAUACUUUUGCACUCAUUAAGUGGCUUGAGCACGCAGAAGUGCACUUGGUUGACCAUAACGCCUAUCAGAAGGCACGGCGGUUUGGCACCCAAAGCGACCGUGUUGAUAAGAUCGAUUAG